CCGUUGAUGGGCUCUGUCACAUUUUAAUCAGCGCCGUCAGUCUGGGGAAAUACAGGAACUCAGCUUCUGGGAGAGAAAUAUAGAAACAUAUAUCUACACACACACAUACACAACACAUGAGUCUAAGACUGAAGUUUGGGAUUUGUACCAGUUUUGUUGUGUAAACUCGAUUUUAUUCACUGCCUUGGUGGUGGAGAAGAAGAAGAAGUGGGGAAAGAAAGGAGAAAAAGAGAGAUAGAUAGAUAGAAAGAGAGAGAGAAAGAGAGAGCGCGCCUCCCUGUGUAAAGGAGAUGCCCAUCGCGGCUACUGGUGCGCCACCAGCGACUCCUGAGCCCCGCGUGCGUCCCCGCGUCCACGCUGGCGUUGAGCGCGUGCCCAAGCGCGCUCCGCAAGGUGAGUACGUUGCACCGGAGGCGGCUCUUGUCGCGGACAGGCUGCACGGCGUUUCCGCCUCCUCAGCAGCCACUUCUUACCCUUUACUCCCUUCUCCCCCGGCGCUCUCACCCCAACCCAUGACCACCGAGCCGCCCAGGACUCGGUCCCGCUCGCGCUCCGGGUUCUACCAAAGCGCUGGCGCAAACAGUAGCGCAGGGAGUUCAGGCGCAAACCUCCAUCAUCAUCAUCAUCAUCAACAGCAACAGCAGCAGCAUCACCACCAGCUCAGUGGUGCAUGUGCAGGGCUCGGAGCUCACGGACACCCAGAGAACCUGCGGACACCUGCCGGCGUGCUUUCUCCAGGAGGACAUCGGCAUCCAGGACCCGGAGCGCACAGGAGCCCGGGCGGAGCAGGAGCGAUGGGAGGAGUGUAUCACUAUCAUUCCGAGCCGUCCUGCGCAGAUACCACAGAUAAGACAGAGGACUCUCCCAGCCCAAAACGCCAGCGACUCUCCCAGCAGUCUGUGCUCGAGCUGGCCUCAGCCCCGCCCUCCACGCCCUCGCCGCCCAUCAGGCCGUGGGAGCUCCCCCCUAGUCGUAGAUCACACCCCUAUCCUCACUCACACUACCACUCGGAGCGCUGUCACACACCCGCCAGGCACAGACGCAGCCCUCCAGCACGACGUCAGCGUCCCCGGCGCGAGCGCCUCUCUCGGCUCCAUCACGGCUCCCCUGGCGGCACCCAGGACGAGAACUACCGCCACCCUGCUCAUCCUCACACACAUGCUCUUCACUCGUACGGGUCAGCCGUGCCCCCUCACCCGCCAGCGGGUACCGACGAGCCCCGCGCCUUCCAUCCUCCUGCUCUGUCGCCACGGUUACAUGGUUACUCACAGCAGCAAGGCACCGUGGUCAUGGACCUCCAUGAGCAGCUUCCUCAGGGUACAGUCCCCGUAUCGUACACAAUGUCUCCAGUGACGGCCCACGCCCUCCCGCCUCCUCUCUGUACGGGACAGCAUAUCCCAGCAUGCUCCUCUCAGCAGCAGGUGCCCGCCUGCUCAGUGGUCUUCAGCAGCCAGCAGCACUACCCUGUCUGCCCACCUCCGAUGCUGCCUGCGUGUUCGGUGCAGCACUUGCCCGUGCCGUACGCGUUUCCUUCACUGCUUUCCAGCGAUUCAGCAUUCCUGCUCCACCCACAACACCACCUCUCACAUCAUCACCAUCCGCCACACCUGGCCCCGCCCACGCACUUCCUGCCCUUCCAGACACAGCAGUCUAGAUCACCACUACAGAGGAUUGAGAAUGAGGUGGAGCUGCUCGGCGAUCACCUGUCAGUAGGAGGCAACUUUAAUUACACCCACUCGAGCCACCCCAGCUCCCUGCCUCCCUCCACGCCGUUGCAGUUCCUCUCUCACGAGCCCCUGACGCAGGAGCUCUUCGGAGUGCCGUAUCCACACUUCAUGCCUCGACGCAUCACAGGUCGGCGGUAUCGUUCACAGCAAACCGUGGCUCCGCCCCCAUAUCAUCCCAGCCUCCUUCCAUACUUCCUAUCUGUUCUUCCGGUGCAGCCUACAGCAGUGGGGCCUGCCAUCAGCUUAGAGCUGGACGUAGACGACGGAGAAGUGGAGAAUUACGAGGCUCUGCUGAACCUUGCCGAACGUCUCGGGGAAGCCAAACCACGCGGCCUGACAAAAGCAGACAUCGAACAGCUGCCUUCCUACAGAUUCAACCCCAGCAACCACCAGUCUGAGCAAACCCUAUGUGUGGUGUGCAUGUGUGACUUCGAGUCCCGACAGCUGCUCCGAGUCCUGCCCUGCAAUCAUGAAUUCCACGCCAAGUGUGUCGACAAAUGGCUCAAGGCGAACAGAACCUGCCCUAUCUGCCGAGCCGACGCCUCCGAAGUUCAGCGGGAUUCUGAGUGACUGGUCCCAACCCGUUUCACUCCUGCCCCAUCACACACACUCAUACUCGCCUCAUACACACACUCGUGUACACAUCCCAUUCCGCAGUUUCCUCUGGACCUUUUCCAUAACGUCACAACACACUGGACUUCCUUUGAGAAAAGUAUAUAUAUACAAUACACACACACACACACACACACACUCCCCCUCUCUCCUCCUUCUUCUUCUUCCCCUGCCCUUAACAGUAAAAGUUCUGUGAAUAGC